AUGGAACAAUAUCAACAACAAGCUCGACAGACGUCACAACCAGUGUUCAGUGCUGUGCAGAACUUGUGGUUCGAAAGCAGGCGUGUUGGAAAGAGGGGGCCUCCUUCCACAGCUGGAUUUUCCAGCACGGGCCUGACCACUCCGCCUGGGGGUGCAGAGGCCCAUGGCGACGCACCAAUGAGUGACGCAGCCGCUGGCAGUGCCGACCCGGUUACUCCUCUCUUCCAGCCCCUCCACUACGACGACGCAUCUUCGGUGGCACUUACAGCAGCACAAACCGGAGUGGACGUGAACAACAAGGAGGCUCUGGAGAAUUGGCUCGAUGAGCCUGUAGGAACCAGACGCGCCGUUUUAGAGACUGUACGUGCUUACCACGUGGGCGUUAUUCGUGGCGAGAUGUACAAUCUCAUAGCGCAGGUGGAGGGAGUUAUCAAGUCCUUGGACGACAGGCUUCUGCAGCAGCAACAAGACCUUCACUGGCUUACCUCCGAGUGCCGCACCGAGCAGAAGAGGGUUUCAGGACUCCAAGUACUCCUCACAGGCUGGGACCCCAAGAUGACCCCGGAGGAGCGCCACUUCAUGAUAAACUGGAUGAUGCAGCAAGUGGAGUUUUUUCGGGCCUGGCUUGGACGCAGAGGAGUGAAGGACUUCAAACCAGAGCAUGUUUUUUACAAUGUGCUUCAGGCUGACCCGGCUACUCCUCCUUCCGGCAGCCAGUGGAGCACAAUCACCACCCUAACUUUUAAAGUGGUCGUCUUACGGAAGACGCUCACCAUCAUGACUCCUCAAGCGGUGCGCGAGUUCGAUGAACAGGCCACCGCAUGCGCUCGCCUUUUUUAUUUCGAGAAGGACGGGGUUUUCCGGGCCAGACUUGAAGUCGGUCCCCCGCUCCAUGAGGCCUGCGAGGCUACUCCUCCAGCAGGCGCAGAGGAGCCCAAUAUGUGGGCCUACAGCUGGAACAAGGUUGUUUUCGGUGUACAAAGUGAGAUGGAUGCAGCCGACAAGUCUCAGAUGGACGCGGCGCUCCAGCUUUCGCAGCCCGGCGGCCCAGGAGCCCGCGUAGGAAAGUCUUCCAGGCAUUGGACGCAGAGCUUUGUCUACUCCUCUGCCCAGAAUCCGUAUCCUUUGGAGAUCGAUGUAGUCAAGGUCUCCCAA